AUGUCUCGCCGCGCCGCUCAACCUACCUUCUCUCCUCUACUCAGGAACAUUCAUUAUGAUGACGAACAACGCUUGAUCUAUGUCCACAACCCCAUCAUCAACUUGGACAGCAUCUAUCACCCCUGUCAGGUCCGCCUGUUCCUUCUUUUUGACAGCAACCUCCGCAAUGGGGUGGAAGUCAACACCCCUCCCAUGGGUUAUUUGGAUUUUGCGCACACUGUAAACAUGGAGCCGGAUAUUCUGGGGACACUGUCCGUUACUUCGGGAGAUGACUGGGAUUUACCAGCUAUUCCCCUUUCACACAAGGACAUCAAUCUCAGCUGCUUUGCAGUUGACAGCGGCAUCAUUGAUCCCAACCUGGACGCUUUAGGGUUCUACAGGAAUGGUCAGCUCAACAUGGAUCAAGUCAAUCACCAUGUCCGUCUUGCACUAGACCGUCUCUGCCGGUACGGCGACAAGGGGAGCUGA